AUGUCCUGUUGUGUACAGGACGCUAUUCUCCAGCUGCUCACAGUUUUGAAUGACCACAUCAACAACAGAAGAACAGCUGUUUUAGUGGAGCACACAUCUGGAGAGAGAGGUCGUCCAAGAGUAAAUAUUUCUCAAAGCCACCUCUUGGAUUUGAUAGAAACUGAUCUAUCAAUUCCUUGCAUAGCCUCACUGCUUGCUGUCUCAGAGAGAACUUUGAAGCGCAGGAUGCAACAGUGGGGCAUCAAGAAAAUGGCAAGGUACAGCACCAUGUCAGAUGAGGAGCUUGACCACCUCAUCAUUGGCAUUAAAGAGGCCUCACCAAAUUUAGGUGCCAGGAUGGUGAAAGGGCAGUUGAUGGCUUUAGGCCACAGAGUCCAGUGGUCAAGGGUGUGGAAGUCCAUGCACCGGGUUGAUGGUUUUGGGGUAGUACAGAGGAUGAUGAGGCUUGGAUGUGUUGUGAGAAGGACCUAUAGUGUACCAGCUCCUCUCUCACUCCUUCAUGUCGACACAAACCACAAGUUGAUCCGAUACGGAAUGGUGAUCUUUGGAGGAAUCGAUGGAUUUUCAAGAAAGGUCCUGUACUUACAAAUUGCCAAUAACAACAGGGCAACAACAGCGUUUCAGUUUUUCCUUGAGGCUGUUGACAAUCACGGCUGCCCAUCAAGGGUCAGGGGAGACCAAGGCGUGGAAAAUGUCGACAUAGCCAGAUACAUGUUUGACGUCCGUGGCUGUGGAAGAGGGAGCUUCAUGUCGGGCAAAAGUGUACACAAUCAGAGAAUAGAACGUCUGUGGCGUGAUGUUUGGACCGCUGUGACCUCCAACUUCUAUCAUGUCCUACACAGCCUAGAGGAGGAUAGCCUGCUUGACCCGUCAAAUUCUUCCCACUUGUUUUGCGCCCAGUUUGUUUUCUUGCCUCGCAUCCAAAAGAGUCUGGACACUUUUACGGAAGGAUGGAAUAACCACCCCAUCCGAUCCGAGCACAAUCGCGCCCCAAACCAACUGUGGGCCAUUGGCACGACACAGAACCCUGUAGCCCCCCCUGAAAAUGUUGAGGACAUCCAGACCCAAGACCUUGACAUCACAGAAAUGGCCAGCGUUGGAGUGCGCGUGCCUGACCUGGUGACUCCCCUCGGCAUGGAAAACCUGGGGCAGGUUUUUGAUCCCAAUGCUCCAUCUCAGUGCUUUGGGGCAGACAUUUACUGUGCAGUUGUCCACCAUGUGGAGAGCGUGCUUCAGACACUGCUGUAA